AUGACACUCGCCGAGUUCUCCCCCCUGCCACAGCACUCUUUAUCGAAUGUGUCUGAACUAUCUUCUCCUGCCACUGUGGUUAUCCCGGCUAUACUCGACAAGAACGCUCGCGGCGAGACGGUUGAAAGAUUUCAUAAUCCCGAACUUACUCCUAGCCUGGACGAAGUCGACAUCGGGGGAGCGGGACCCAUCACUCUUGGAGACUGCCAGCGCGCGGUAAAUGAGCCGGAUAAGCCGUUCCACCGUUGGAUAAGAACUUUGCGUCGACGAGCUCUCCAGCGACAGGAGACGUCUGGCGUCUGUCACAGUCUCUCUCGUCACACCUCUCGAGGUAAACCCCCAGGGCAUCGGCCACGGCAUCACCGGAAGUCAUCUACAGGCUCGUCCACUGCCUUUGUCACGACUAUCAGAAGCGCGAGUGUUUCGCUCACCAGUGUCAAUUUGAUGGUACGGCCAAGGAGGACUACCGUGCGAUCCUCCCAGGGCCAUUCCAGAACGGAUAGGAGCAGCAAAACCUCGAUCACAGGGGCGCGGUUAUCAGUCGACGGUACCUAUGUGGACAGACCAAUGGCCAUGGGUCCAAUGGCCAUGGAUCCAGACGUCACGGAGCGGUCGCUGCAAAGACGCCGCAUCUUGGAAGAACUCAUCAAUACCGAGGAGGGCUAUAUUGGGGAUGUACGGUUCCUGAUGAACGUCUACGUUACCAUCCUUGCUUCCUUGCCUUCCCUCUCGACCGGGCUCCGAUCCUCUAUCAAUCGCAACUUGACAGAAAUCGUGGAACUCCACGAAGAAAUCCUCGGUGACUUGCAUCACGCUGUACCACACUCUGAAUAUACGCAAAUCGAGUUUCCAGUGCAGCCCGCCAAGCCAAGCACCGCAGCCCUCGGCCACAGAAGAUGGAGGAGUCUAGGUGCUGUUCCUGAAGAGAAGGAUGACAUGUCCUGGCUACAGGCUGUCCCCGGGAUGACCGCCGACCCUCAGGUCGCAGCGGAGGUUGCCAAGGUCUUCGCAAAGAAGGUAAGGUGCACAUGUUGUUCCUCGGUGUCCCCUAUGAGUCGAUUCUUUGUAUACGAAGAAUACGGCGCUAAAUAUGAGCUGAUGAUCAAGGACGUUGCCUCGGCGCAUCGAACAAUACCGCGGUGGGAAUCCUACCAGAAAGGCCUUGAAACCCUGGCUGCAGCCGUGGGCACAGCCAGCACCAAGGGAGACCGGUCCAAAAAGUCCCUCACCAUCGGAGAUCUCCUAGUCAAGCCUAUUCAGCGGGUCUGCAAAUACCCCUUGCUCUUUUCGGAGCUUCUAAAGUAUACACCAGUGUGCGAUUGUCCUCACUCUCACAUGGAGAUUGAGGACACCCUAGUCAGGGUUCGGGAAGCCACUGCGGAAAUCAACCAGGCAACCAAUGAUGCCAGAAUAAAGGCCACUCUAGAAAAGACGUGGGUCCUUCAAGACCGUCUUGUCUUUCCAGCCCAAGUUCUUGAUGCGACUUCGAAGAACCACGUUCGCUCGUUCGGCCACAUUCGACUCUGCGGUGCCUUGCAUGUCUGUUGGCAGACUAGAGAAGAUGUUAGUGGAAGAUACAUGAUCGCCCUCCUCUAUCGAGACUGGCUGUGCCUGGCACUCGCUGGCAGGGUGGAUCAGAUGUACACAAUCCAGGCCUGCAUUAGUGUUAAUAAUAUCAGGGUAGAGGCUGCUAAUAAUGGCCGAGGACUGCAAUGCCAUACAGCGCCCUACUCAUGGAAGCUUGUGUUCAUGUGCGACCACCAGCUGUACGAGAUGAUCAUGACGGCGUGUACACCCACCGAGGAAGAAGCAUGGCGGAGUCGACUCUCUCAUCCUCCUGUGCCCCUGGAUUUCCAUACUCAGAAGCAGCCUACUCUGUUCAGCUCGCUCUUCCUGGACAUUAGACCUCUUGGAACGGUUUUUGGAAAGCCAGGAACAAUUGCCAGAAGAAUAUCUAUUCAUCGCGCCACCACAGUUGGACCAAAAUCUCCCAUGUGCCAGGUCAUACUGAAAAACACCAGUGUCGUGAAGAACUCAGCAAGCUCGACACCUAGAGUCCCUAUCAACCGGUCUCAGUCCUUGUCGACCAUAAACAGCCGGGUCCCCGUCAUAGCGCCAUCUCGGGGAGAAAGAGCUCGACUCGAAGCUCUCCUGUCAGACGUGUGGACACGCGACAUCCUGCCGUUUCCCGGGAUAACUGCCCGAUCCAGGAGCGAGCAUCUGGUCAGGGCAUCGGCAACAUCUAUGAUGAGGAAGCUGAGUGUCGCAAGCAUUGCCAGCACCUUCACAAAGCGGACUCCCAGCACCGCCAGCUCGGCCAUGUCCGCAGGGCAGUAUACAGCUACAACUAGCUCAGGCCAGCCGAAAGACAUGGGUGCCGCAGCAGCAGCCAUGGAUUACGAAACACACGACGGGUCCGGCAGGUCUCUCCUCUCAGAAGCCCCGGAUGAGGGUGGAAGGCCGAGUCCCUCGGUGGCGGCGGUGGACUCUGAAUGGGAUGCCGAUGUCCUGAAGACAGUUCGCUGUUUGGAGGCGAUCAAAGUGCAAGGGGAGUGCCAAGAACAAGAGAUGCCACCGGCCCUUCCGUCGCCACCGAAAGAUAGCAGCAACAGUACGGGACCUCGGCGGCAGGACUCAAUGGCACCUACACGGGGUUCCAAGGAGGAAGAUGUAUGCCCACCACCACAUGCCAAGGCAAGGCCGCACAAGUUCCAGAGUCGGUGGGCGGCCAGAGUAGGGGCUCUGCAUCGGCAGGUUGUGGUCCGGGUGAUUCGCAGUGUCGUUCGUUGA